AAGCCAUCUGCCGACAUGGAGGACACGAGCCUGUUCAUCAAGUGCGCGACGAACGCGCUGCAGCACGAGCAGCGGCCGCCUGGACUAGCCGCCGCCGACCUUGACUUCAGCGAGGCUACCUUCCCCUCGCUCCAAGCGCUCCGCGAGGCGUCGCACGCAGCCGAGAUGGUCCAGGAGCUGAUCACGGGCGGCGUCCACGCACCAAACAGCUGGAGCUCCGGCGGCGGCGCGGCGAGCUGGACCUUCGGCGCCACCUUCGCGCAGCCUGGCAGCAACGGCCUUCGCGGCCUGCCGGAUCUGGGGCACGGGGCGCCGCUGCCAACGAGGAAAGCCGGCGUGGGAUCCAUGUCGGCGUCGUACGCGCAGGACCACAUCAUCGCAGAACGGAAGCGGCGAGAGAAGAUCAACCAGCGGUUCAUCGAGCUCUCCACUGUUAUCCCCGGCCUCAAGAAGAUGGACAAGGCGACGAUCCUUUCGGACGCGACAAGGUACGUGAAGGAGCUCCAAGAGAAGCUCAAAGACGUGGAAGCCGGCGCGAGCAGCGGCAGGAGCAUCGAGACCCGCCUGGUGCUCGUCAAGAGGCCAUGCCUCCAUGACGAGGCCGCGGCGGACGACGAUGGCUCCCAGCGGUCGGCGUCGCCUGGCACACCGACGGCGAGUAAAGAGCUACCGGAGAUCGAGGUCCGCUUCUCCGAGAAGAACGUGAUGGUGAGGGUUCACUGUGAGAAGAGCAAGGGGGUGGUCGUCAAGGUGCUCACCGAGAUCGAGGACCUCCAACUCACCGUCGUCCAUGCCAAUGUUAUGCUGUUCUCCGCUUGUACUCUGAUUAUAGCCAUCACGGCCAAGGCAAGUUUUUUCAUCCCCUUUUAUUUGAUGACUAAUCAUCUGUCGCGUCUGACCGUAAUUGUACCAUGCUAA